AUGACCGCUCCAUCGUCGACACCUCUUGGAGUACAAGUGCAACAAACUGACAAUCCAGGAGAGCUGAUAGUAUCAUGGCUGCCACCUCCAAGAGAAAGCCACAAUGGUUUGCUGCAGGGUUACCAUGUGAAAGCUGUUCCAAAAAUAAGUGGAGAGCCAGUUCCAAGCGAAUCCCAAACUAAAACAAUGAAAGUAAUGGCAAGAAAAGGCAAACAAGAAGUAACACUCAGUGGAUUGUUGAAGAACAUGAGGUAUGCGGUUUCAGUCAGCGCUUUCAACACUGCGGGUAAUGGUCCCUUUUCAUUGCAAGUUUAUCAAACUACGAGGGAAGGAGCCCCUGAACAACCGCCAUCUGGAGUAGAAUGUCGAGGAGUAUCGUCAUCAUCACUAAGGGUUGCAUGGCAGCCCAUCACUUCUCAAGGCGCUUCAUUAUUGGGCUACUCAGUUUAUUAUAGUACCGAAGACGAACCCUGGCAAAAUAUAAGUUCCCCACACACCGAGCUCUAUCUACAAACACUAUUAAAGUAUACUAACUACACCGUGAAGGUUGCAGGAUUCUCGAGCUAUGGGCCAGGACCUUUUUCCUUUCCUAUUGUUUGUACUACCUUGCAAGACGUCCCUGGUCCACCAGCAGCCAUCAAGGUGUUAGUGUCUUCGGCCACUUCCCUACUCGUCAGUUGGAAGAGACCAGAACAGCCGAACGGAGACAUCACACAUUACACUGUUUACGUAAAACCUAUGUCGAGCACAACAUCUCCUCAGAGUUACCGUGUGGAACCAACACAGGAAACAUCACACCACCAUGUUACAUUUCCUAUAUUAGGGUUAUCAACCGGCAGGCAGUAUGAAGUGUUUGUCAGAGCUCACACAGCGGUUGGUGAAGGAACGCCGAGUAACAGAGUGCAUAUAGAUUUGAGUUCAAAAGUGGUAGCUGGCGUAGCAUCCUUAGGUGGUCCAAUGUCAGUAGGAGUAGGCAGUUCCCUACUCCUAGUAUGUCAAUGUGUGGGAGUACCGCCACCCCGCACCGUUUGGUACCAUAAGCAUAACAUCAUAACGCAUCAUCCAAGAUUUACGAGAAACCACGACGAUAGCUUGUUGAUAAAUAAUAUAGACCAAUCUCUAAGUGGCAACUAUACCUGUUUGGCUAAGAAUUUGUACGGGUCUGACUCAGUUUCGUACUCUGUGUCAGUUCUACCCACACCAGAGCCGCCAAGCUUGCGAGUGACGUCACACAAGAAUGCCAUACACUUGCAGUGGGAUUUACCUACGAAACUUGGUGGGAAGGUGCAGAAAAUCAGUUAUAAUCUGACUUGGAAAGAAACAAAUGGUAGCUGGCAAGAUGCUUGGUCUAGUCGCACGUCUCUGCAGGGCGUUCAAGAAUAUACUCUUCAAGGACUUAAAUGUGGUACUAAGUAUUCCAUACGGAUGACUGCGGCGAAUAGUGUGGGUGCUUCACAGCCUACUUAUAUUGAUGCCACUACUUUAGGUGGAGUUCCUAUAUCACCAACAACUACUGAAUGGUUUUGGAGUAAUGCCACACAUAUCUACAUACAGUUAAGCGGCUGGGAUGACAAUGGCUGUGAAAUCACAAGGUUUGACGUCGAUUUCAAAGAGUACGGCAGUAAAGUAUGGAAAAAGGCUGAUAAUAGAUUGCCAAUUAUGGAUCAAACCUGGAGCCAUUACAUUUCACCCUCAAUUCUGAACCAACCGAAUUCAUUUGUGCUAGCUGAGCUAGCACCAGCACAGUGGUAUCAAAUUCGAAUAACUGCUGAAAACGCUGCAGGAAUAUCUACAUCAUUGUAUAACUAUGCAACUACUACUGCACAAGGAGAAGCCAUUGGACCGCCGUCGGAAUACUUUGACUUGAAUAUGUUAGUGAUCAUCUGUAGUUCAAUUUUAUUGAUGAUCUGUUCUCUGGCCUGUGUUUAUAUCUUGGUCAAGCGGCAUAAUCAGCAACAUCUUACAGAAUAUAGAAAUUCUUUAACAGCAGAAUGUAAGUCGGAACGAAGUAACGUUACGAUUAAUACACCUCAAAGUGUACCUCCUGAUAAUAUGAAUAACAGAGUAUACAGUACUCCUGUACAUCUUACAGCUGAUAAUAAACAUGAAUUGUACGAGAUAAGUCCAUACGCCCAGUUUGCGAUAGGUUUUCGCACAUUUGGCCAUGUAGACAAUCAGGAGGUACCUAGCAGGGUACAUCUACCGGGUAAUAGCAAAUCUAGAUAUGACAGUGAAACAAGCUUCCAAAUAAGAUCGGAGUCUGAAGAAAGUGACUGCGUGUCUCGAACUACAACAUUAAAAAGUGUACCAAGAAAGGCCUGCAGAGUACCCCACCACAGGUAG